CUGUCUAUGGGAAGAACGGUGUGUGCAGGGAGGUGGGGAUCUACCUAGCUAGACAGGUAAAAAAGGUGAGCGCUGUCGCGACUACUACUCGUGAAAGCAUACCGACGUUUUGACUCCUUUGUUCCUCCAUUUUGAGCCGACUGUGUAACCAAAAAAUGGUAAAAGAAGAGCAGGAGUUGGCCAACCGGCCUGACAACACCGCCUUCACUCAGCAGAGGCUUCCGGCAUGGCAGCCCAUGCUCUCCGCUGGCAUUGUCAUCCCAGGGUUUGUCCUCAUCGGCCUGGCAUUCAUUGGCAUUGGCGUCGCUCUCUUUGUCACUUCACGGAGCAUUCAGGUGUUGGAGCUCGACUACACUGGGGUUGGGCAAAACUCACCAUGCUAUAAGUGCACUUACCCAAAUGUCUCGAACUGUGUGUGCGACCUGGACUUUUCCAUUGACAGUCUAUUUAAGGGAACCGUGUUCUUUUAUUAUGGUUUGUCCAACUACUUCCAGAACUUCAGAAAGUACGGUGUGUCCAAAGAUGACGUGCAGCUGUCUGGAGACCUGACUAACUUUAAAAGUCCCAGUGACACCUGUUCACCCUAUGUGUAUGACAGCAACAACCAACCAAUUGUACCGUGUGGAUCAAUUGCCAACAGCAUGUUCAAUGACACCUUCCAACUAUUUCAAAAAAUCAAUGGAACAAAGACGCUGGUGCCCUUUGAUGGAAAAGGGAUUGCUUGGUGGACAGACUACAACAUCAAAUACAGAAACCCCAGCGUCACACCUCUGAAGAACGCAUUCAACAGUACCGUGAAACCAAUAUUUUGGUCCAAGCCUGCGUAUGAUUUGGACAUAUCAGACCCUGCUAACAAUGGCUUCAUCAAUCAAAAUUUCCUGGUGUGGAUGAGGAGGGCGGCCCUGCCAAAUUUCAGAAAGCUGUAUGGGCGUAUCGACGAGGGUGUUUAUGCACAGGGUCUUCCAGCUGGAAAUUACUCCCUUGCAAUUGCCUACAACUAUCCUGUUCUGAGCUUUGAUGGGAGAAAGAAGGUAGUGUUCAGCAACGUGUCCUGGAUGGGUGGCAAGAAUGAGUUCCUGGGCAUUGCCUACCUCGUGAUUGGUUCACUGUGCAUCUUAAUGUCCAUAGUCAUGCUCAUUGUCUAUGCUAAAUUCAAGUUUCCUGAGGAAGACUGAGUGCCUGGUCAUUGACUGUCGUUUGCUGAAGGUUUAUCUACCUUAUCAACAGUUUUUUUUCUUCUUCUUUUUUCCCUUUUUACUUAAUGGGAUAAUUAAAGCACAGUACAGGUGCUCACACAAAGGGGAGUAUAGAGCUGGACUCCACCUAAGAACACGUGUUAUUCUGGACAUGAAGAUGUAGCCUAAGGUGUAGAAGAAGCCUGGUGUUAUUUUUGUGAGACAGGACUUGACACUGGAAUUUCCCCAUGACUGCAAAAUGGGAUGAUUUCCAAUAUGGUACAUGUACUUGUCUGUAAGCAGCUGCAAGAGGUGUCUCUUAAAUCAGUGCAUUACAUCAUCACACAACUAGUUGCCUCCUCAUUUUAUGUCCGUAAUACAAUUAAAGCCAUAAACCAUUUGAUAAGCCAUAUGAUACUGGACAAGACUUUAUACUUGAUUGUGAGAUGUGUAGCUUAGCUUAGAAAUAAUGCUGUAAAAUGUGGGAAUAUUAACUCAGGGAUCUGGUUUACAGGCUAUGCAAGCUCAUGUUUUAACUCUAACUAUUGUUUUAGAGAUUUUACUUCAUGUUGAUAUUUAUUUAAUAAAACGACAUCAAAACCA